AUGAAUCCUCAGAUGGGACAGCAAGGCCAGCAGGGCCAGGGCCAACAGCAAGGUGCAGCUGGAGCAGCUCAACAGCGACCGCCGCCGAUGUAUCAGCCCAACCAAAUAAGAAGUCUGCCGACCUUGAGUGAGGAUGAGAAGUCCAAGUAUGAGGCAGGCUUGCAAGGGCUUUGGAAUAAGGCGAAUAAUUCUCCUCAGAACAGCCAAGAGCAUAUUGCCGCGCGUCAAAAGAUCAUAGAGUUUUCCAAAAUGCUUAUUACAAAAAUCCAACAGCGACGCACCCAGAUGCAACAGAAUCAAAAUGCGCAAAACCAACAGGCUCGUCCGCAAUUGCAACAGAACCCAUCCGGACAAACGACAGCUCAGGCUCAACCGCAACAACAAACGGCCGGUGCUGUAGCUGGUAAUCAAGCAGCUGGUGCCGCUGCUCAGCAGAAUCGAAUUCCCGAGCACAUUCUCCAGCACGUUGCAAAGAUCAACUUCCGAGCUCCUGCGCAAGUAGCCGAAAAAUCAGGUGCCGACGCGAAUAAGUGGGUGGAGGAGAUCAAACAGCGCUACACGAGAGCUCUUAUGACGAUGGAUAAUAGCAAGUCGAAGGUUGCCCAAAUCGAUAAGCUCAUUGCGGACAGAAAUGCAGCUGGACAACCCUUCAAGGAAGACGAGAUGAGGCAACUUCAGAUUAGGAAAGACCAACAACUGAAGGCGCAUUCCGAUGCUCACAAGUGGGUUGACAGCGUGCGCAAGCAGCAAGGUAACCUGCAAGGCACUGGCCAAGCACAGGCACAAGCGGCGCAAAACGCGGCGAGGGUUUCUCAGCAAGGAAAUCAGCAACCUGCUGCAGGUCAACAGACUGCAGCGCAACAACAGCCACAGGGUCAAGCGCAGCAGCAGCAACCGCAACAAGCGUCCCAGCAGCAGCAGUCGCAACCCCAGCAGCAACAACAGCAAUCUCAACCGCAACAGUCGCAACCACAGGCCCCUCAAACUCAGCCUCAAACAUCUCAAGUUCAAAACAACACCCAGAAUAACGCUCCACCUGUAAACGCUGCUGUCGAGGUUGCCAAACAACAGUUAGCAGCCGUGAGCCGAGCCUCCCCUGUUAACGGAACGCAAGGAGCGGCACCAACGCAAGUGCGCCCGGCACAAGGAACUCCCCAGCCCGGCCAGCAACAACUGCCACAGGCACCAGUCCAGGUCAAACAAGAACCUGGCACUGCCCCUAUUAACCCCGCGAUGUCACAAACAGCCGUGCAAGCACAGGCUGGAACACCAACCCAGCAGAAUGCUCCGCGAAUCCCAACGCCGCAACAGGCUGCUGCCGCAGCGGCUCCAACGACAGCGCAAGGUCCUCAGGGCCCUCAGCGAGCUCUCAGUCACUCUGCUGCUAUCGAGAUGGCUAACAAAACUCUCAACACUCCUGGAAGUGCGCAGGUGCCUGGGCGCCCUGCCCAAGCUGGAACACCAACACCAGGCAGCGCUGUGAAUCAAGGCGUUAUGGGGCCUAAUGUUCCUCAGCAACCUACUCCACAAGGCCACCCUCACGCACAUCCCCCGCAGCCUCAACAAACCCCAAUGCAAUCCAAGAUGCCCAUCCCCAAGGUGCUUCCUGAGAAGGCCACUGCUGUGCCCCAAGGUGUUUCUGUCGGAGGCGGAGUUAACGCCGGUCGCCCUACAAUGUCUCAAGGAAGCGGAACUCUCGGCGGUGUCAUGAACCAACCUGCGAUGGCUAGAAUCCCAGCGUAUAACCAUGAAGCUGAGGGAGAUCACGUUUUGAGCAAGAAGAAACUGGAUGAGCUUGUCCGCCAAGUGUGUGGAGGACCCGCCGAAGGGCAGGACGGAAACCUACUCACCCCUGAAGUGGAAGAGAACGUUUUGAACAUGGCAGACUCGUUUGUUGACAGCGUUUUGCAUGCGGCUUGUCGAAACUCAAAGGAGCGCGGGUCUAAGGUGCUCGAGAUCCGCGAUAUUCAACUUGUGCUGGAGCGAACUUACAACAUCCGUGUGCCCGGCUACUCAUCCGACGAACUCCGCACCGUUCGAAAGAUUAUGCCAUCCACAGCUUGGAUAGCGAAGAUGAGUGCAGUCCAGGCUGCCAAGGUUAUGCCCGGUAAGGGCGAGUAA